CUGAUGAUGGGAGGAGGGAUGGGGCUUGUGCUGAGCUUCUGAGGGAACAGAGGAGCCCCGCACCUCGGGGCUCUGGGCCUGUGCUGCAGUCUCACUCACUGCCCGCUCCUUAGAACCAGCGGAGGAGCACCUGGAGGAGCGUUCCAGGGACAGGGACCAUGUCAGACAAGAAGGAGGAGCCCCCUGAAGUGAGGGAGCCAGCAUGCCUGCUGUGUGGACGAUCAGAGGCUGACCCAGACAUCUGUGGGGAAAAAAUGCAGAAAUAUGGGCUCUGUGCCCACGUGUUCUGCCUGUUUUUUGCUAAACUUUUUCCACAAAGAAACAAGAAAGUAGGAUUCUUAGGCCUUCUCCCCAAGGAUAUCCAACAUACAGUUGACCAGGCAGCACAAAAGAGCUGUUGCAUCUGUGGCCAGAGCGGGGCCACAGUCUCUUGCUGUGAAAGAGACUGUGACCUGAGCUUCCACCUGCCCUGUGCCAAGCAGGGACGCUGUGUCACCCAGUUCAUUCCACCGUACAGGGCCUUCUGCCCCACACACAGCCCAGAGCAGACAGUGGAGGCAACUCCAGAGCCGGGCACCGAAUGCCUCAUCUGCAUGGAGCCUGUGGAGGACAGAAAGACCUCCAACACCCUGGUGUGCCCAGCCUGCAAAAACGCCUGGUUCCACAGAGACUGUAUCCAGAAUCAGGCCAUCCAUUCUGGAUUCUACAUCUUCUGCUGCCCACAUUGUCAAAAUGAGUAUAGAUUUCUGAUGGAAAUGUUUAUCAUGGGGAUACGAAUCCCCAGGAGGGGACCAUCAUGGGAGGAAGACGGUGCCUAUGGACAAUUAUAUGAGAGACACAGCCGCUGCAAUGCCAGCGAGUGCCUUUUUCCAGGAGGCAGGGAGGAGGCAGAGGAACAGGGGCCCUGGGAACUGCUCCUGUGCUCCUCCUGUGCUGCCGAGGGCACUCACAGACACUGCUCUGGCCUGAGGGACAGCACAACCAGCUGGGAAUGUGACAACUGUGCUCGCCAUAGCACCCGCAGACACUGCUGUGGCACGACAGUCUGCACGAACAACUGUGAUUGUGACAGCUGUGUUGAGUACCUCACAUCCUCCGGUGAAUUCUCAAUCCUUGCUAGACUCAUGGAGGAGUCUCCUGCUGUGUCAACAGAACACGAGAGCAUCACCCCCAGCACCAGCCAACAGGCAGCAUCAGAGCAGUCUCUGGAAUCUCCCUCAGAGGAGACGAGCAGCCCCAGCCUCUAUAGUCAGGUAACAUCAAGGCCAUCGCACAGCAACAUCCCAGAAACUGAGGACAGCAGCUGCUCUCGCAGGCGGAGGCCUGACCGCCGGCAAAACCGCACCCGCCGGCAAAGUCGGCCUCAAACUCCACAACUUCGGUCCAGAAGUCCCCAUGACAGCAGCCAUGUGCCAGAACCAACUGCUGCGAGGUGCAGGCCCAGGCAGAGACAGUCGGGGACAUCCCGCAGGCGAAGACGCUCUCGCCGGCAAAGUCGUCCCCAGAAUCCACACCUUCGGUCCCCGAGUCCCCAGGACAGGAGGUGUUCGCCAUACCUCCGGUCCCCGAGUCCCCAGGACAGGAUCUGUUUGCCACCGCCACCAAGUCCUCGGAGGCGCAGCCGCAGCGAGGAGGCAUCAGAGACAUCCAGCAACCGAAACCGCUCCCGCCAGCAACGUCGGCCCCAAAAUCCACACCUUCGGUCCAGAAGUCGACGUCAGAGGAGCCACGUGAGAACAGCAAGGGCUGAGAGCUGCACCUCCACCCAGGAAGCAUCAGAGACAUCCAGCAGCCGAAACCGCUCCCGCCAGCAACGUCGGCCACAAAAUCCACACCAUCGGUCCAGAAGUCGCCGUGAGAGGAGCCAUGUCCCAGCAUCAAGUACUGGGAGGCGCAGGCCCAGCCAGGAAGAAUCAGGGACAUCCCGCAGGCGAAAUAGCUCCCGCCGCCAAAGUCGGACCUCAAAUCCAUCUGGCCGGUCCAGAAGUCCCCACGGCAGGAACCGCACGCCAGCACCGAGUGCUGGGAGGCGAAACUCGAGGGAGACAGCAGCCAGGACCUCCCAAAGGCAACAGCACUCCCGGCAGCAGCGUCGGACCUCAAAUUCAUCCAGCGGAUCCCGAAGUCGCCGUGACAGGAGCCGUGUUAGAGCACCCAUGCUGAGAGCUCCACUCACCGGUGGGACAGAGAGACAGGGACCCACCGCUGACACGUCCCAUGUCAGACAGGGAGGAGGAGCCCCUCGAAGGGAGGGAGCCAGCAUGCCUGCUGUGUCAGCAAUCAGAGGCUGACCCGGACAUCUGCGGGGAAAAACUCCAGAAACAUGGAAUCUGUGCCCACGUGUUCUGCCUGCCUCCAGUUAAGACUCAGAGCUGUUGCUCUCAUGAAGGACUCUUCUGACAACUCCAAGGAAUACGAGACCAUCACCCCCAGUAUGAGCAAACUCCAUGCCAACUGACAAGCAACAUCGGAGGAGACUCUGGAAUCCCCAUCACAGAAGACGAGCAGCUCCAGCUCUGACAGUCAGCAGAUCCUGAAGUCACCGUGACAGGAGCCGUGUUAGAGCACCCAUGCUGAGAGCUCCACUCACCGGUGGGACAGAGAGACAGGGACCCACCGCUGACACGUCCCAUGUCAGACAGGGAGGAGGAGCCCCUCGAAGGGAGGGAGCCAGCAUGCCUGCUGUGUCAGCAACCAGAGGCUGACCCGGACAUCUGCGGGGAAAAUCUCCAGAGAAAUGGGUUCUGUGUCCACGAGUUCUGCCUGUUUUUUACCAGCCACCUCCUUCACCACGCAGUUGAUCGAGUAGGACUCAGGAUUUUCCUCCCAGGGGGUAUCCUAGAUGUAGUCUCCCAGGAAGCACAGAAGACCACCAUGAGGGGAGGGCUUGAAUGCAUUCGCCGAGCCAAGAGACAGACACAGGCACUGUGAUGCCAGUGAGUGCCUUUGUCCAGGAGGCAGGCAGGAGGCAGAGGAGGAGGGGCCCUGGGAACUGCUCCUGUGCUCCUCCUGUGCUGCUGAGGGCACCCACAGACACUGCUCUGGCCUGAGGGACAGUAUAACCAGCUGGGAAUGUGAUGGCUGUGCUGGUCUGGGCACAGCCCCCAUGGAAGAGCCUGAGCCUGACGGCCCCAACCUGUCCACACAGUCAGGAUUGGAGCCUUCCCAUGAACCCGGGUCCAUCAGCCCCAGCACUGGAGACGAGCAGCCCCAGCUCUGAGAGCCAGGUGAAAUCAGACUCAUCCCACAGCAGCUCCUCAGAACCUGAGGUCAGCACCU